UAAAUUACCGCUCUCAUCCGGGUUCUUUCGAACCAUGUGGAAGACAAAAUGGCGGAUGUAGUGGUUCCAUUAAGUUUUAUAAAGAACUGGGAAAAAUCCGGCAAAGAUGAAGUUUUGAGACUAUUCAAGAGUUGCUCCAAGGAUAGAGAUGGCAAACUGUCAGACUCAAAUUUUCUUUGCGGAGAAACCGACCUCAAGCGCGUUGUAUAUGAGCUGUUCUGGCAUGUCAUUCGCGGUGAUCUGCGACAGGAGGAUGCCUUGUUGGUCAUGCAAGAGGUGGCGGACAUCCAUCGCAACAGUGUGUCAAUGCUUGCCGACCUGAUUUGCAUCAUGGAUGUGGAGAGCCAGUGCUUAGAGGAGAAGGAGAGGCGAGAAAGAUUUCUUUCCCUUGUUGCUGCAUCAGUGUGUAUCAUCCCUGUGGUGCUGCUCAAAGAGAGACUGGACAUGGAGACGCUGGAUGCUGUUGGGUUAAUUCAAUCACAAAAAGCCUUUAACCAGAAAUAUGUCAAGACUAAGACCAAGCUGUUCUACAAGCAACAAAAGUACAACCUGACUCGCGAGGAAAGCGAAGGUUAUGCUAAGCUUGUUGUGGAACUGUCAUCAGAACCAGGAAUACAACUGAAGUGUGAUACUCUACUGGAGAAUAUCAAAUCCCUUAUUGGCCGUUUCCAUCUUGAUCCUAACCGUGUGUUGGACAUCAUCCUUGAGGCAUUUGAGUGUAAUCUUGGCCAGCAAGACUUUUUCCUCCAGUUCCUUCAAUUGUACAUGUCCCGGAGUGAGACCGCCUCUCUCUGCCACAUUCUUGGCUUCAAAUACCAGUUCUACAAGGACCAACCAGGGGUCAGGACGCCGCAGUCGCUAUUCCACCUGACGGCACUGCUAAUCAAGAGUGGGCUCAUUCACCUUGACAACCUUUACAGAUAUCUAAGUCCAUCAGAUGGGGAGAUUAAAGAGAUGCACACAAGAAUGGCUCUGGAAGCCAAGCAAGAGGCUCAGAAAAUGAAUGUCACAGUUCUAGCGGAUGUGUCUGCUAAUAAUGAUGAAAAUAAGGAAAAAGAUGUCCCUAAAGAACCAGAAAAGCCAGAUCUGCCUCCAGACAACCAGAAGUUUGGCUUGUGCGAAGCGCUGCUGAUGGUUGGUGGAUGGAGUGAUGCCAAGUGUAUAAUGAACAAGUUGCCAACCCAUGCCACUGUCGCACAUCUGCCGAUAGCACAUGCCUUGUGCAAGCUUGUCCACUCAACCAUUGAACCUCUUUAUAGAAGUCAUGCCUCUAAGGCCGCCCGUGGUCGUCCCUACAGAGCAGUAUCCGGAGGCCCCUCCCAGGCGCACUCAUUUGACGACCUGUCAAAGGAGCUGUUCCCCAUGGUGACCCGCCUUGGCCCAUACCUGUCAUGCGACCCUAUCCUCCUGGCCAAGAUCCUCAGGGUUGGGAAGGGCUUUCUCAAGGAGAACCCUAUGGUGUUUGAUGGCGCUAGUACAUCUUCAGAAGAGGUUCAAAGUGUGUGGUGUGGAUUCCUUACCUUACUGGAUGAGGUUCUACUGCCGUCCAUCUCUCUAUUGGAGUGCAAUUCAAGCCUUUCAGAAGAGCUAUGGAAUAUGUUGAAGUGCUACCCCUACCAAAUAAGGUAUCGUCUGUAUGGACAAUGGAAGAACAAGUCUUAUAACAGCAACAUGGAACUGAUCAAAGUCAAAGCUGCUACAAUCAAGCGGGCAAAAUACAUCACUAAGCGGCUGACUAAAGAGAAUGUUAAGCCUUCUGGUCGACAAAUUGGCAAGAUAAGCCAUAGCAACCCUGGCGUUGUUUUCGAAUAUCUGCUCACUCAGAUCCAGAAAUACGACAACUUCAUAGUCCCUGUGGUAGACUCCUUGAAGUAUCUUACCCCGCUGGCCUAUGAUGUCCUAGCCUUUUGCAUUAUUGAGGCUCUUGCAAAUCCGGAGCGAGAGAGGAUGAAACAAGAAGAUACAAAUAUUUCAGACUGGUUAAAGAGUUUAGCCACGUUUUGCGGUACCGCAUUUCGGAAGUAUCCCAUCGACCUCACUGGGCUGUUACAGUACGUGGGUAACCAGCUCAAGUCAGGCAAGAGCUUUGACUUACUAGUCCUGAAGGAGGUUGUCCAGAGAAUGUCUGGAAUCGAAAUGUCUGAAGAGGUGACCAUGCAGCAACUUGAGGCCCUGUGUGGUGGAGAACUCCUCAAGGCAGAGGGGGGCUACUUUGGCCAGAUCCGCAACACCAAGAAGUCGUCACAGAGGUUGAGGGACACCCUCGUGGAGAGUCAGCUAGACCUACCCCUAUGCAUCCUAAUGGCUCAGCAAAGAAACGGGAUUGUAUUUUAUGAAGAUGACAAACGGCAUCUUAAGCUUGUAGGGAAACUCUAUGAUCAAUGCCAAGAUACUCUUGUCCAGUUUGGUGGGUUCCUAGCAAGUCAGUUUACCGCAGAAGAGUACCACGCCCAUAUCCCCUCCCUCAGCACUCUCGGUCAGAGCUAUCACCUAACCCCUGACGUGGCCUUUUAUCUAUCACGGCCCAUGUUCACACAUCAAAUAGAGACGAAAUUCAAGACAGAAAGAGGUGAUAAGGAGCUAACUCAAAAGCAAAUCUACCAGUGUUACAUUGAUGCAGUUAACUUAGUUAUGGAGCCUGUUGUGCAAAGUGCUCGAAUGCUCCAAACCCCAAAAGUCUGGAAUAACAUAAGUCCACAGUUGUAUGUGACGUUUUGGUCCCUAUCAAUGUAUGAUGUUCAUGUACCUGUUGACCGCUACGAGCUGGAAAUCCAGCGCUUCAAGCAGCAGAUAGUUCAGCUUGAAGAAAACAAAGACUUGGCUGCCAGCAAGAAGAAAAAAGACAAGGAGCGCUGGGCACAGCUGAUUGACAAGCUGAAAGAUGAGCAGAGACGACAAGAGGAACAUAACCAGUGUGUCAUGUCAUGGCUAAAGCAUGAGCGAGAUUCGUGGUUCCCAUCUAAAUCCACCAAGAGCGAGACGAUCACACAGUUCCUUCAGCUGUGCAUGUUUCCACGGUGUGUGUUCACUGCCAGUGAUGCCAUCUACUGCGCCAAGUUUGUACACAUGCUGCACAACCUUAAGACGCCUAAUUUCUCCACACUGCUGUGCUUUGAUAGGGUGUUUUCAGACAUUUCUUACACUGUUGCAAGCUGCACUGAAAAUGAAGCAAGCCGAUAUGGUCGCUUCUUGUGCUCUAUGUUGGAAAUAGUGAUGCGUUGGCAUGGUGACCGCAAGACCUAUGAUAAGGAAUGCGGUAGCUACCCUGGGUUUGUGACUGUUCUACGAGCGACAAACACAGACAAGGCUGACCACCUGGACUAUGAGAACUUCCGCCAUGUGUGUCACAAAUGGCAGUACAAGCUGACCAAGGCAUUGGUGGUUUGCCUGGAAUCUAAGGACUACACCCAGAUUAGAAACACCAUCAUGGUCCUGACCAAGAUUCUGCCAUUCUACCCCAAAGUCUUGAAUCUGGGUCAGGCCCUUGAACGAAGAAUAGACAAAAUCUGCGAGGAAGAGAAGGACAAGCGACCUGACAUUUUUGCACUCGCAAUGGGCUAUUCUGGUCAGUUGAAGACCAAGAAGCGAGACAUGGUAGUUGAGAGUGAGUUCCAUCACAAAGAAAAGCUGGUGCCACCUCCAAGCAACACACCGAGUCAGAAUGAUACAAACCCAGCAGUUAAACAAGAAAAGCCUGACAGUCAAACAACAACAGCAGGGUCUACUGCACCAGAACCAGCUAAGACCAUAAAGACAGAAACCGUAGACUCAACCGCUUCGACAAAAUCCAAAUCCACAGUGAAUGUAAAGAAAGAAGAGUCAGUCAAGUCUACAAGUCCAAGUACAACAAAAGCCGACAGUGACAAGCCAGCGAGCAAGCCCAGCGGUAGCUCCUCUAGUGCCAGGCCCUCAGGGACGAGUACACCCACGAACAGACAGAACGCAGCAGACUCUCCCAGCAGGGGGACUGGAUCUAGCUCUACCAAGUCCAGCGGUAAUUCAUCAUCAAAGACCCAGUCUACCUCCAAUCGAGUUGUAAAAACCACAGGUAGCACAACACCCAUAGCAAAAGCUGAUACGACCGGAAGUGAAUCUGAGGGCAAGCGCGGAGAAAGUGUUGGAAAAACAAAGAGCAAGGAUAAAGACAAGGAGUCCCGUGAGAAAGACAAAGAGAAGAAAGAAGAGCGGGAUCUGGAUAAGAACUCCAGCGAGCGCAAAGAGAAACAUGAACGAGACAAAGAAGCAAAAACCAAGGAGCGUAGCAUAAGUAAAGAGCGCGACAAGUCGAAAGGCGAGAAAACUAAAGAGAAAUCCUCAUCAAACCACAGUAAACACAAAUCAACACCCAGCCUGGACACAUCCAAGGAUGGCGAAGUGGAAAAAGAAGCUAAAAGACGGAAACUCGAUGCGACUCCAACACACCAGGAGAGCCAAGAAAGGAGAUCCAAAAGUUUAGAACGAGAAAAGGAAAAAGACAAGGACAAAGAGCGUGCUCUUAAAGCGGAAAGAAAAAGGGCGUCAUUAGAUACGCUUGAAAAUAAAGAAACUAAACGAAGAAAAGAAGAUAUCGACACGGUAACAAAGACAAAUACCGAAGGCAAAGUCAAGACGAAAACUGAAGAUGGAGUGCAAAAGGAGAAGACGAAGGUCAAGCUCAUCCGCACCGUAAAGGAUGAAUCCGUAGUAAAGGAGAAAAAGGAAAAAUCCUCCAGCAAAAAAGUGAGCGAGCAGAAGGAAGCGCGUCACGACCCCAAGGAGGCAGAAACGAAGGAGGACGAGAAGUCACGUAGACAUCACAGAUCAUCAUCCCGGCGCACGUGACACCAGUAGCGCGCAUGCGCGCAUAACGGUCUCGCAACAAUCAUCCGAAAGUUAUCAACACGAUUCAGUAUCCCGCCACAUUUGCCACUACAUGAAGGUUUCCUGAAAAGGCUGUACUCGUCCUAUCCCCAUAGGACAGAUGACGUGACUUGCCAAUAGAAGAAGGAGAAUUUUGCUCGCCAGUAGAUGGAAGGCACCUUUCUGUAUAUGUAAGAUGUCCCUCGCUUUACUUCCCGCAGUAUGAAAGAUGUCCCUCGCUCUACCCCCACAGGAUGGAAGACUUUACUCUCCCUACCCCCACAGUAUGAAAAAUGUCACUCGCCCUACUUCCACAGGAUGGAAGACUUUACUCUCCCUACUCCUCACAGUAUGUAAGAUGUCUCUCGCCCUACUCCCCUGUAGAUGAAAGAUGUCACUCACCCUACCCCAACAGAAUGGAAGACAUACUCUCCGCAUUAUGAAAGAUGUCACUCGCCAUACUUUCUAUGGGGUGAAAGACAUGGACUCAUUUUAGUCUAUGAAUAAACUAUUCAUUUAAUCAUCGAAUUAAGAAUCUAUGAAGCUCCUUCGAAACUUAUAAAAUUUCUUGUGAAUGUAGGAUUCCAUGCAUUUUUCAGUAAAUAUUCACAUUUUUAGCUAGUAUGAAAUUGUUUUGCACCCGGAACUAUCCCGGCCUUGCUGUAGACAAUGAAUCGUUAGGAUUUAGCGAGUAGUUUGUACAUUAACGCGCUGUUUUGUCAACGAAUGAGAAGUGCACCGCGUGAAAACUUGUAAUAAACAUUUACAACUUUUA